AUGGGUUUGAGUGGACUUUAUUACAGGUUGAAAAAAGUGAUGGCCAGGAACAAGCAAAACUCAAAGAAGAUGCUAACCAUGUUCAUUGUCGGUCUAACUAUUUUGCAACCAUAUCGUACAGCUUGCUCAGGAUCAAGAUUCGCAAUAAGACGUUUUGGUGUUCCUGUCAACCUCUCUUCAAUAUAUGUAUCGAAGUUUCACACCUCUAUGGAUACCUUUAACAUGAUCGCUAUUAUUUUUGUAAAUUUAUACAUGUGGGCUUUUGGUUCAACUCAUUAUGAGUUGAAUGUAAUCUUAUCGGUUUUUACCAAAUUUAUCGUUUUUCUUUUGAAUAUUUGUCACUUGUUAUCUUAUAUGAUAAAACGUCGUGGAGGUAUGUUGACCCUCUAUUAUUGGAUUUCAAUCCUGUGCUCUAUUGCAUACGGCGCUAACAGAGCUUUCUCCGCUUGCAUUGGAGUUGAAUUUCUGGCUUUUUUUGUUUGUGGGCUUCAAUUCGCAGGAAUUCAAAUGGUGUUGUUUCAGUCUAUUUUUUUGGCCAUUACUAAACCAAUUGCCAACUUCGACGUUGAUUAUUGGUUAAUUCCCACUGAAAUUCUACUCUCCACAACAAUUUCAGCCAUUUCACUUUUUCUAUGGACCACAUCAUUUGCUAAAACACAAAUGUGUAAAAUAUUUACCUUUUUCAAAUGGUACAAAACUGAUCCUGCACCAAAGAAUAUAAUCAGUGAAUCUUAUGAUACUAAGUUGGUCUCUACGAAGGGAAUCUUAGAACUUAAGACAGAAAAUUUAAAAACAUCAGAAAAUACAAGUUGUGAAUUGAGACAAAGUUCAGAUUUUAAUUCUAACUCAUUUGAAGAGACUGACCAGACUGAACCAAAUUUAAUUAAUGUGACAAUUAAUGAGUCUCCUAAUUUACUCAUGAAUUCAAAGGGAUUUAUAGAUAAUAAAAAAAUCUCUAAGAUUUCUACCAUAUUUAGAUCCAUAAUAAGGGCAAAAUCACCGAUUUUGAUGAGUGGAUUUGGAACAUCUCUUUGUUUUUCAUUUUAUCCUGCAGUAGCUCCUUACAAACUUACAACAUUAGAGAUAGCACAUAUAAUUGAUUUAAGCGUCCUAGUAUCUGCCGGCAUCUCUGCAACUAUUAUAUCGCUCCUCUGCUUACUCGGGUUUGGUCCUAAUAAAAAGUGGAAAGGCAAUGAUUAUUUCUGGAAUUACUUCCAUUUUCUCUUAAUACCAUACUUUUUAAUAAUCCUUUGCUUUCUCAUUUCAAUGCACUACCCAAAUUCUCGAUUUUCCAAGGCUGUUAGAAAUCCGGUAAUUUUGGCUUUGUUGACUGAUGGAUUUGCAGGAGUAGGUCUUCAGGAAGAUAAGAAAAAUGGUACAGUUUCCACUUUCAAUACAAUGUUUUCCUUUAUUCUACUGUUUGCAUCUAUUUUUUGGGGCUCAGGUUACAUUAAGAUCUACAACGUAUAUGAGCAGGACCGUAAAAAUUGGCCCACCAAAGAUAUGAGUGGAAUUCGCUGGUUCAAAUCCAUUUUUUUCUGGUUUUACAAAUCAUUUGAAGGCGGUUCAUCAAAUUUUAAACACAUGCUAACAACGGAUCUAAUGAGAGAUAUAAACUCUGUUAUCGAGCCACAAGCCAGUAAAUCUAUCUGGUCCUAA